CGUCAUAUCCGUGGAUGUGACGCACAGCAAAAAUCUCCAUAAAUUUGUGCGAAUGGAGUUGUUGGUCACCAAUUACAAUCAUGGUCUCGCUUAACAGAGGUAACCGAGUAUUAAAACUUGACGGCUGUUUAGGGUAUAGUGAUAAUCGACUCACCUUCCGUGCCCUUGUAGAAGAGGAGGAAGAACAUUACGAAGUAAAUUUCUACUUUCGAGAUUCACCAACUUUAAACAAUAAAAACUGCUACUUUGCAGCAUGGAAAUUUGCGAAGAAGAAUCCACAUCCAUAUUUGGUCCCAACGAUAAAAAUUUGCGAGAAAAAAUUGGAAUUGGACAAGCUCGAGGCUCUGAUUGCCCUUGAUCCUGCUCUGCAGGGAAUGCGUAAUGCCAUAUUAGGCUGGAACUUAAAGCAUGUACUCUCCAUACAAAUUCCUCUGUAUGGAUCUAGCGUGCAAUGUUGGCUUCAAGAAAAACGUCGCGAGGAGGAGCAUAAUUUGGACGAUGAAGUAACUAAGGCCUUGCAAGUGAAAAUUGUGAAAGGAGUUAUCGUCGGAUUAAUCUUUCUCCACAAUAAUGGAAUUGUCCAUGGCUCACUUCGCCCAGAAAACGUUAUAUUUUCUCGAUACGAAUACAGGCCACCGGUGAAGCUUGGGAGCUACGAAUUUAGAGACAAGAAUAAUCCCGUAGAUGGCAUGAAGAUCGAUAAGACAAUGUUGGGAUACCUUUUAUGGGAAGUUACCGGGCUAAUUACCUUCAAUGAGGAGCUGUACGGGCGAGUGGCAAUAGAUGGGGACCACGACUUGGUGCGAGAACAUGUAUGGCUCCCAAAUAUGAAGCAAACUAUUAUUUCCUUGUUGGAGAGACCUGAAUUAGUCGAUUUAGUUGAGAUUGAGAAGGACGUGCCAUCUCGGUUAACAAUGGUUGCAAGUAAUGAGGAAGAGUUGUUAAAUUUGGGAGAUAUUUUAGAGCAAGGAGAUACAAUAAAUACAAAGGCUAUUACAAAUGAGCUGAUUAAAGAAAAUGGAGAAAGGAGGAAUGAUGUAACAAAAAUCGUAUUAACUUCGGCCAACUUACACAUGUCGACUACAACGAAUCAGAAAUCCGUGUUUCAAAAGAUGGAGUCUAGAAUUUUUCCAGGAUUGAAGGAACCGAACCCCCAAAAGUUGUUGAAAGCGCUUGGUAUUAUAAUGGAGGCGGACUGUUUCAAAGACAGAGUAUGGGUUCUCUUCUCUUAUGGGACCUUCAUAACUUUAGAUAAGACAGAUGUGGAGGGCUGUACAGAAGAUGAGAUUAUGGGCAGAGCGAGAAAUGUGAUGCAAAAGCAUGGACCAGUGUUCAUAGCUACGCCUUCAGCAGACUAUGGAGUCAUCCGACUUCCUAAAACAUUUCAUGAUCAGGUCGUUUGGUUGGCUUAUUAUAUUUUUGGCAGAGAAAUUUGCACCAUUAUUUUUGCGGGGAGCCUUGACGAAGAGAAUGAAAUGGCUAUUGGACUUAUGGGGCGACAAUGCCGACAAGAAGAUGCGGAGAAAUUGGGAAUUAUUGGUAAUUCUUGGUCGGCUUAGAAUAAAUAAAUAAAUACUUACUGAAGCAGUAAAAUAUCCAGAUA